AUGCAGGCGGCAAGGCUCAAGGCUGAAUCGCAAGGUCGGAAAGCAAAGCUUGCCAACUCAUAUCAUGAGCUACUGGAAGAGUUCUCGUCGAAAGACCUCCGAUCAGUGGGAAAUUACACACUUGGGCGUCUGAUCGGGAAGGGAUCCUUUGGGAAGGUCUAUCUAGCAACGCACAAGCUCACCAAUGGUUCCAAAGUUGUUCUCAAAUCUGCCAACAAGGAUGACUCAAAUCUCGCCCGCGAGAUCCAUCACCACCGACAAUUUAUCCAUCCUCAUAUUGCGCGGCUUUACGAAGUCAUUGUGACGGAGAAUCUGGUGUGGCUUGUAUUGGAAUACUGCCCAGGUGACGAGUUAUACAAUUACCUCUUGAACCAUGGAGCUUUACCAGUGGAGAAAGUCCAGAAGAUCUUCACUCAGCUGGUUGGCGCAGUGAGUUACGUUCAUAACUCGCAGUGCGUUCACCGGGACCUAAAGCUCGAAAACAUCCUCCUGGACAAGAACGAGAAUGUUAAGCUUUGCGACUUUGGAUUCACCCGCGAAUAUGAAGGAAAGGCCAGCUAUUUGCAGACUUUUUGCGGUACGAUAUGUUACUCUGCACCCGAGAUGCUAAAGGCAGAAAAGUAUGCAGGUGAGAAAGUUGAUGUUUGGAGCCUGGGGGUCAUUCUCUAUGCCCUUCUCAGCGGCGAGUUACCUUUCGACGAAGACGACGACAACGCUACGAGAACCAAGAUUUUGACCACAGAACCCAAGUGGCCAGACCACUUUACACCAGAUGCUCGAGCUUUGUUAGGCUCACUACUUUCCAAACGACCUCUACUUCGUCCAGCUUUGCCGGAUAUUCUGGCACAUCCUUUCUUGGCGGACAACGCACCUGCUCAGCAAGUCAUCUUGAAGCUUCAGCAACCACCACCUUUCACCACACCUCUGGAAAAAGAGACUUUAGAACGUAUGCGCAGCGCGGGGGUGGACAUAGAUCAAGUAAUCGAAAAUGUCCUCGCACGGCGGUGUGAUCCUCUAGCAGGCUGGUGGACACUUCUCAUAGAGAAAGAGCAGCGCAAGGCAGCUCGGCGAGAACGCAAGCGGAAAGAAAGAGACGCAGAAAAUCGGGCCUCACGGAGACUUAGUGGUGCAAGCAGUCGUCUUGAGCGGAUGGCCCCGAUUCUAACAGGUGUUGACGAAGAAGGACAAGAACUCAAGCUUAGUGAUCCACCAAGGAGCAGGGGGCGGAAGGAAAGGCGGAGUGCACAUUAUCCAGAACUCGUUCUUACGGGUCUUCCUGGAGUGCCGGAGACUUCUAAGCUAGAUUCCCCAGAUGCCCCUCCGCCUAUCGAGAAGGAUUCCAUACGUUCAGCAAGCUCUUCCCGCCAUCGUCGUCCAAUACCACCACCCAAAGAAGGUGUUCUGAGAAGUGCAAGAUCUCGUGGGAGUACGUUACAGCUGGUCACAUCAAAUCAUGAUCUUUUAGCCCCACCAGCAAACGGAAAUUCACUAAGGCCACCAAGGCGGAAGCAUCAACAUGCUUUUAUAAACCAGCUUGCUAACUGGAAACAUUGGCUCCUGGACUCGGCAAAACGUGCCAAGUCACCUGGAAAGAGAAUGACGAGAUCGACUCCUGAUCUUCUCCAAAAGUCAACAAACAGUUCAAGAGCAGGGGCAAAGGACCAAAGCCCACGGCCUGCAACCUCAAAGACACCUCCCGCCGCAAGGCCAGCUUUAGUACCGGGAACCCAAUCGCAUCCACCGAUUGCACGGAUAUAUACAACUCCAAAUAACAAGCGCCAUUCUCUCUCUCCAUCGCCGUUGACGCCUCGUUCCACCUUCCGAAGGUCCAGUACAGGUCUCCGAGGACGCAAAUCCACGUCUUCGUCCGUCUCCUCGAUUCGCAGCAUUCAUCACCACCAUUACACCCACUCCAAGGCCUCAUCUACAUCCUCCAAUGGCUCUGGCUCUAUCUCAAUGAGCAAAGGCCCUUUACCAACUCGAAGUCCGCACCACUCUGUUAAAGUUCUCCCGGCAACACCGACCACAGGCAGCUUCCCAUCCAACAUUCGUGUGGUCCGUCAACCUCCCAUAUCUAAUUUCAACGAAAGCCCCUGGGGCAACUCUAAUCAUGGAUUCGGAUCGAACAAUACCAGCGGCCUAGUUUUUGCCAAGCGAAAAAAGAAUAUCUUCAAAGGCCCCAUGCUGAACACCUCAUCACCAAGUCCAGCGGGAAGUGGCAGUGGCCACGCCAGAACAGGCAGCAAUAGUCGCAGUGCUAGCAUAGUCGGCAAGCGAAGUGGUGAAAUCAUCGAAGAAGAAGACGAAGAUGAAGUCGAGGAGGUUGAAGCUUUCAGUCCCAUCACAGGACCAGGAGAGGUCGAGGAGGUCUUUCCUGCUGGAGAAACGCCGGGGAAUAAGGAGCCUUUGAAGUUCAACUAA